GCCUCGUUCCCGCAAGGUACCCUCCCGAUCCUCCCCAACUCUUCCUGUUGCCCAGCACUCUGGAUCGAUGCGUGCACCCGUAGGCCAUCCUAUGCAUCUGUUUAGAUCGAUGUAGCUAUGAUAAGGUAAGCAAGGAUGAAGCACAACAACGUCAUCCCCAACGGGCACUUCAAGAAGCACUGGCAGAACUAUGUCAAGACAUGGUUCAACCAGCCUGCCCGCAAGCAGAGGCGCCGCAUUGCUAGGCAAAAGAAGGCUGUAAAGAUCUUCCCACGCCCCACUGCUGGACCUCUUCGCCCCAUUGUUCAGUGCCAAUCACGCAAGUACAACAUGAAGUCUAGGGCUGGGAGGGGCUUCACCCUUGAAGAACUUAAGGCAGCUGGUAUUCCCAAGAAGCUUGCCCCAACCAUUGGCAUUUCAGUGGAUCACCGCCGCAAGAACCGCUCACUUGAGGGUCUGCAGUCCAAUGUCCAGAGGCUGAAGACCUACAAGGCCAAGCUUGUGAUCUUCCCAAGACGUGCUCGCAAGGUCAAGGCUGGUGACUCCACCCCUGAGGAACUUGCCACAGCCACCCAGGUCCAGGGCGAGUACAUGCCUAUCACCCGUGGCGAGAAGCGCUCGAUCGAAGUUGUCAAGGUGACGGAUGAGAUGAAGGAAUCAGGGGCCUACAAAAAGCUUCGCUUGGAAAGGAUGAACAAACGUCACCAGGGUAUGCGGCAGAAGAAGGCUGCCGAGGCUGAGAAGGAAGAGAAGAAGUAAACUGAGGAUUCGCAUCGCAAAGAAUAGUUCUCUACCUAGAGUUUAUCGUUAGCUUCUGAAGUUCAUCUGGCGUUUUGAUACUGCUAUUUAUCUUAUGCUUUGAGUUUAAGUGAACCAAACUAAUUCCAUACUAUCCUGAGAUGAAUUCAGUAUUUGGCUGCAUGUACGGGUGGUUCUGUAAUUUCAUCUUGCUCUUACGAAUUGGCACCUCGUACAUCUCAAGUUAAAAUGUUCCGGUUCCUGCUGGAGCGCUGUUGUGGCAA